CAGUACACCCUGUGUAGACCACGUGACUUGUGUAAAUUUCUUAUAAUAUUUUUAUUCUACAUAUGUAUAUCUGGUAAACAAAUUUUAUAUAACAUUUCGCGUAAUGUGUAGCGUGAAUAUAUAUUUAUACGUGUUCGUAUUACUGCAAUCAUCACAGUUAUGUAGGACCUUUAUUGCAAAUUCAACAUCGGAUGGAGAUUACAAAUUUCUGGUAGCCGGGGGUCAACGCAUACCGGCAGUGCAAAACUAUACCCGCUUCAUGGUCUCACUGCGACUACGCACCGCCACCAGAUACUUUGGUGACAAUCAUUAUUGCGCCGGCGUCAUUAUCAGUUACCGUUGGAUAGUCACAUCGGCGCAGUGUAUGGUCUAUCCUACGAAAAUUCCGCGACGUCCGCGGACAAUAAUUGUGGUGAUUGGUACAGAGAAUCGCAUAGUACCUAGUCGCACUACGCGUCUUAUGGCCGUUGAUAGAGUUGUUGUGAAUCGGAAUUUCACGUUGCAUAACACUAAUGAUAUCGGAUUGAUUCGAUUGAAGUCGCGUAUAAUACUGAGUGCGCGUGUGCAAAUUAUGCCGCUACCCACACGUCCACCGCCAUAUGGUGAGCUUUGUACAGUUCUCGGUUGGGGAAGACUUUACUACGGUGGACCGUAUGCAGCUAAGGUGUCACACGUUGGGUUGGAACUUUUUACCGAGGAGCGUUGUAAAAAGGCUUAUCCCCGUCACUCACCGGGUGACUUAUGUGCCAGCUAUAGAGGUCGUUUCGAUCAUGAUCCCUGCACCGGCGAUGCUGGUGGGCCACUUAUUUGCAAUUCAAAAUUCGUAGCUGUAGUCUCCUGGACUCUUGGCUGUGGUCGGAGUGAAGCCCCAAGUUUAUACACUGAUAUAUAUCACAAUUUGAAGUGGAUUAAAUCGGUAAUGGCAGGGCAAGCUUGUUUAUCGGUGUUGACAGAACUAGAAAUGUUAAUGAUAAUAUAUCUUGUAGUAUUUUAUUCUUUAUAAAAGCUAAGUAAAUUCAUCCAAAA